AGUACACUUGCUACCUACACGUGCAGGUCCAAGUGUGGUGAAAACGGCGCUGGUUCGAGAUUGAGUGACACUCCCUUAUUCCACCAUGGGCAAGAAGGGCAAAGUCGGCAAGAGCCGGCGGGACAAGUUCUAUCACUUGGCGAAGGAGACCGGUUACCGUUCCCGCUCUGCUUUCAAGCUGAUCCAGCUCAAUCGCCGCUUUCAGUUCCUGCAGAAAGCCCGAGCCUUGCUGGACCUGUGUGCUGCGCCAGGGGGAUGGCUGCAGGUGGCUGCCAAGUUUAUGCCUGUAUCCAGUCUUAUUGUGGGAGUGGACCUGGUUCCAAUCAAGCCUCUCCCUAAUGUGGUGACUCUCCAGGAGGACAUCACAACAGAACGCUGUAGGCAGGCCCUGAGGAAGGAGCUGAAGACCUGGAAAGUUGAUGUUGUGCUCAAUGAUGGGGCCCCCAACGUUGGGGCUAGCUGGGUCCAUGAUGCUUACUCACAAGCCCAUUUGACACUGAUGGCUCUGCGUCUGGCUUGUGAUUUUUUGGGUCGUGGUGGCUGGUUCAUCACAAAGGUUUUCCGUUCCCGUGACUAUCAGCCCCUGCUAUGGAUCUUCCAGCAGCUCUUCCGCCGUGUCCAGGCCACCAAGCCUCAAGCCUCUCGCCAUGAAUCUGCAGAGAUCUUUGUGGUCUGCCAGGGGUUCCUGGCUCCUGACAAGGUUGACAGUAAAUUCUUUGACCCCAAAUUUGCCUUCAAGGAAGUUGAAGUUCAGGCUAAGACUGUUACUGAGUUGGUGACUAAGAAGAAGCCAAAGGCUGAAGGUUAUGCUGAGGGCGACCUCACUCUCUAUCACCGUACCUCAGUCACAGACUUCCUCCGAGCUGCCAACCCUGUUGACUUCCUCUCCAAGGCCAGCGAGAUCUCACUAGAUGAUGAAGAGUUGGCACAGCAUCCAGCUACCACUGAGGACAUACGGGCAUGCUGUCAGGACAUCAAAGUGCUGGGGCGCAAGGAACUCAGGUCCCUACUGAACUGGAGAACAAAGCUUCGGCGGUAUGUAGCCAAGAAGCUGAAAGAGCAAGCAAAGGCAUUGGACAUCAGCCUCAGCUCGGGAGAGGAGGAAGAAGGUGAUGAUGAGGAGUCAACAGCUAGGACCACAAGGCAGCCCUCUGAGGAGGAGGAGGAGGAGGAGGAGCAACUGAACCAGACUCUGGCAGAGAUGAAGGCCGAGGAAGUGGCAGAAUUGAAGAGGAAGAAAAAGAAGCUGCUGCGUGAGCAGAGAAAGCAGCGGGAACGUGUGGAGCUGAAGAUGGAUCUGCCUGGGGUUUCCAUUGCAGAUGAAGGGGAGACUGGCAUGUUCUCCCUGCGCACCAUCCGGGGUCACCAGUUGUUAGAAGAAAUAACACAAGGGGAUAUGACUGCUGCAGACACAUUUCUGUCCGAUCUGCCAAGGGAUGACAUCUAUGUGUCAGAUGCUGAGGACGAUGACGAUGCAUCUCUGGAUAGUGACCUGGAUCCAGAAGAGCUAGCAGGAGUUGGGGGACAUCAGAGUCUAAAGGAUCAAAAGUGUGUGCGAUUUGCUGAAGUAGGUGAUGAUAAAGAGGAGGAGGAGGAGGAAGAAAAUCCACUGCUGGUAGCAUUGGAGGAAAAGGCAGUACGGCAGGAAGAACAAGCCAACCUGUGGUUCUCAAAGGAUGGCUUCAGCGGGAUGAAGGAUGAUGCGGACGAGGCCCUGGAGAUCAGUCAGGCCCAGCUAGUGUACGAGAGCCGUCGGAAAGGGCAGGGACAACAACAGCAGCCACCCCCGCCACCUUCUGGUUUAAAGACUGAGAGAAAGUCUCCCCAGUGCCAGGAUGAGGUCCCUAAGGGGACACAGGCUUAUAAAGGGACAGAGGCUGCCACUGGCCUUGGAGGAGAAGAAAGAGAUGGCAGCUCAGACAGUGACAGCAGCAGCAGUGAGGAUGAAGAGAGUUGGGAAGCACCCCAUGGUAAGAAGCAAAGACACAGGCCUAAGUCAGAUGAUGAUGGCUUUGAGGUAGUGCCUAUCAAGGACCCAGCAAAACAUCGGAUACUGGACCCAGAAGGCCUCGCUCUGGGUGCUAUUAUUGCCUCUUCCAAAAAGGCCAAGAGAGACCUCAUAGAUAACUCCUUCAACCGGUAUACAUUUAAUGAGGAUGAGGGGGAGCUUCCAGAGUGGUUUGUACAGGAGGAAAAGCAGCACCGGACACGGCAACUGCCUAUUGACAAGAAGGAGGUAGAGCGUUACCGGAAACGCUGGCGGGAAAUCAAUGCACGCCCCAUCAAGAAAGUGGCUGAGGCCAAGGCCAGAAAGAAACGCAGGAUGUUGAAGAAGCUGGAGCAGACCAAGAAGAAGGCAGAAGCUGUGGUGAACACAGUGGACAUCUCAGAACGAGAGAAAGUGGCACAGCUGCGAAGUCUCUAUAAGAAAGCUGGGCUUGGCAAGGAGAAACGCCAAAUAACCUACGUUGUGGCCAAAAAAGGUGUGGGCCGCAAAGUGCGCAGGCCUGCUGGAGUCAGAGGUCAUUUCAAGGUGGUGGACUCAAGGAUGAAAAAGGACCAAAGAGCACAGCAACGUAAGGAGCAGAAGAGAAAACACAAGCGGAAGUGAGCAGAACUACCCGGCCUCUGAGGAGACAGUGUAAGGACUAGGAGGCAUGACUCACUCUGGCCACCUGGGUACCAGCCCUGCCCUCGCUCCCAUUACAGUUGUCUGAAAAGACAGUGAGGUGGCGUACCUAGAACUCCCACAGCAGCCCUAAGCAGUCAGGAGGAUGUCGUCCUGCCUGAGGAUGGUCUCCCAUGAAAGCACUGCUGUGUUGCUAGUGCUGCGACAGACCCCAUGACCUUUCCAUGAAAAAUGUGGGGUACUGGAUGAAACAGUCAAACUUUUUUAAAUCACAGGGGAAGUUUAAUGUUGGUGGUAUUCACUGUAGUCUGUUCCUGAACGUGUGGGCCUCUCAGGUCUUCCCCCAUCUUAUUCCAUUAUUAGCUGAAUAAAACCAGGAUGAUUGAAGAAA